UAACAAACUAUUAUUAAAUAUGCUUUUUUUUAUUACAAAUUCAAAUAAAUAAAAAUUAAAAGCUGCCAUUUAGCGUUCCUUUCUGCAUAUACAUACAUAUGUAGUAGUAGUACAUAUGUAAAUGUGCAUUUUCCUCAAAUAUAGUACAUGCCGCUAAGAUGAGAAAAAUUGCAUGGAAUUUGUAUUCAACAUUGUACCAUAUGUAUUUUUUAAUUUAAAAUUUUUGUAUUCAAAUUUAUUCUAAUUUUAAACAGACACCGCUGAUUAGAAGUGGGACCGUAACACGAAAAUAAUCUAAGGGCUCUUACAAAAAUUCGUUUACAUUGAAAGGAAUAAAAUUAUAUAUUUUUCGAUAUAAAUACUAGGCUUUUACGGGUACACCACGUUCAUGUGUGGUUACAAAUACUCUUAGUGUUCCACAUUUGAACAGUUCGUUCCGCAUGAUGUGAUUACGUACAUAUAUCAAUUAACUUAUAUAUUUUUACAAGACUCAUAUUUAUUGUGAAGUUACCUUAACAUCAAGUACUUUGAAAUUGAGAAAAAGUUAUUUAAGGCGGCAAAAUGCUUCAAAGAUAUGUGAGGAUUCUUUGUCAAGCAAGAAGUUCAAGCAAUUGGAAUUAUUCUCAAAUACUAUCUGUAAAACAAAAUGCCGGCAUUCAAUACUUGUUGUGUUUCCGUAACACUAGUUUUUUUAACAAGCUUCCUGCCGAAGAUAUUUGGCGUGGAGUCACUGCCGUAAGCAAUGCUGGAAAAAAAAGAGGUCGCGGUAAAGGAAGUGGUAAAAAGGUGGCAAAGGACCUAAACAAAGGUCAAAGCCUUGGAAUGGGAAGAAACAGUCGUGUCUGGCCUGGAUUAAAUUCUCCUGUUUUAAGAGGAUAUGAACUCGUCCAUUCUCAGAAAAUGACCGAUAGCCAUGAUAAGGUAAACGGAAUUAUAAAAUUGCGUGACUCAAUGAGCAACUUCAGGAUAAUGAAAUUAAAUCCAAUAGACCGUGGAUGGUCUGGAAGUAAAAUGCCCGGUCGUAGUAUUGGUCCGCCUGAUAGUGUAGGCGAGGAAGAAUUUAGUUCGUUUGAUACCCGCGUUUUAGAGAACAAAAUUGUCUUUAUUAUGAAAGGAAAUAUGGGAAGAAAACGAAGAUAUUCUGUAUUGUCGGUAACAGGAAAUGGCAAUGGAUUGGCAGGAUUUGCUACAGCUAAAGCACCCGAAGUCAGAACUGCUCUUCGAAAAUCCAAGAAUCGGGCAGGUCAAAAGCUUAUUAAUAUAAAUCUGUGUGAAAAUAGAACAAUAUAUCAUGACUUUUAUACUGCAUUUGGGAAGACCAAAAUAUAUUGUUUUCAAAAACCUGAUGGAUAUGGCUUAAUAUGUCACCGGGCCAUACAAACAAUUUGUAAGGUUAUAGGAAUAAAAGAUUUAUAUGCAAAAAUUGAAGGCUCUACGAAUGUACAACAUAUAGUCAAGGCCUUUUUUAUUGGUAUAAUGCAACAAAGAUCUUACAAAAAUAUUGCAAAUGAAACAAAUCUGUAUGUUGUUCAAAAGCAAAAAGCAAAAAAUGGGUACGCCGAAGUCAAAGGUAUGCCAUAUUUACCUACAACGAAUCCUUAUAGUGCUGCCGUUGCAGAUUAUAUGCAUUUCACACUUGGGAACAAAAUUGUUUUAAAAGAAAAAAAAAUAUUUCCCUUUUAUUUUAACUCCAAAGGACAUCAAUUGUAUCAAACUAAAGAGGAGCGAUUUCGAAAUCAAGCGUUUGUUCGAUUACACGAUUUGGUUAAUUCCUAUUUUUAAUCAAUAAAAAAAAUGUUUAAAAAGUA